ACCACUUCCGGUUUGGAAUUUUCUAAAAUUUUGUGUGACAUUUUUUCUACAAUUUUGCUGUUGUCAUCCAACAUUUGGACAAAUUUGCAUGGGGACUUUAUCUUGUGCUUGUAUUAAAAUGCGCUGAAAUUCAGAAAAACAGGAUUCAAGGGAUCUUUGAAGAUGGAAACAUCAAAAUGGCAGCCAGGCUACCUGCCAAAGACAGGAAAACUAGAGAGGUGUUUGCUUGGAUCAGAAGAGAUUCAAGUACCUGAGUGCUUCUUAGAACAGAAGCAUAUAUUCCACAGUGUUAUGAGCCAGGAAACAUGGAACAAAGUUCUCACAGAAUCUCAGAGACAACAUCUCAUGACAUUUCUACCUAAGUUUCCAGAGAAGGAAAAUGAAGAGAGGAGAGAUACAUUGAGGAAACUUUUCAAUGGAGAAAAUUUCAAAUUUGGAAACCCUCUACAAAAGUUCCAGUACCAGCUGAAAGAUGGAAGUUUCUCUCCAGAUAUUGCCAAAUACAGCAAUAUGAUCAGACGGAUGAAACAUCAGGAAUACAGAAACAAACAGAAGAGAUAUUACCACAAUUUGCUGAAAGAAAUCCUACUUUCUAGACAGAGAGUGUUUGACCAGUUGACAGAACUCCCUCCGGAUGAACCAAUCAAAUUUGAAUAUGAGCCACCAAAACAACAGAAAGAAAGUCCACUUAAACAGAAAGUACAGAGAAAAUAUAAAAGGUAUUUAGAUGAAGUAAGAAAGGAAUGUGGUGCUGAUGAGAUCUCCUCAGAUGAAGAUGAUGGAAGUCCAGUGGACAGAAGCAAGCAACAGUUAUUUAAAUCUCUGAAUCCAGUUCCCUCUCCUGAACCAGUGACACCUAGUGUUCAUUCUACCUAUGCUGCCAAACUAGAAUAUGUAAAUGGAGAUGUAGAUACGCCAGCUGCUGCAUUAAAGAGGCCACGCCCGAUAUCACCCCCUGAGAUAACCGAGGACACCUACAGGGAGAUGUUGAUCAAACACAGGAGAAGACAACUCUAUGAUGAUUAUGAUGAAGAGGAGCACCCAGAAUACAACACACAGAAUAUCAGCCUACAGGAUGUGAUGGCACGAUGUCAGGCCAGUAGGAAAGGAGGAACAGAACCUGAUGAUGAUGAUCUUGACUUUCCGCUAAUGUCAUCAUCUAAAGGGAAAGUAAAAAAGGAGAAGACAGAAAAACGAGUUAGAAAGAAGACAGCAAAGAAAAUACGUGACAUGGAUUUUUCUGCUGCUUCAUCAGCUGCUGCUGCUGCAGGAGAUGCAGAUGAUGAUGAUGAUGAAAGUAGAACCAAUGUCAGUAUUGAUAUAACAGAAGAUGAUACUAGCACUGUAGAUCAGUUUCCUGUACAAACCAGUAAAACAAAGGAUGAUUUGAGUCAAUGUCCUAGCUUCUUUAGUUUACUGAAAAAUAUCAUAGUGCACUCACCUGAUAACAGAAUCUCUGCAGUAAAGUUGGAGGAGAGAGUACGAGACUGGCAGGAGUCUCCGUUCAGUGAUGAGUGUGCCUGGGUGUCAGCACAGGAUGACUGGGUGGACCUUGUAAUUUCAGCACUCAAAUUUCUUGCUGGGGAAACUAUAGGUUUGAAUGUAGAUCAGUUUAUUCCCUACUUGGACUAUAAAGAGCGGGCCCAGCAGUGGCACUGGAUUGGUGUUGGACGUGACUCUGAUGAGAACCUACUGAAAUGGUGCAACCAUUGGCUCAAACACAAGGGCGAGGUGUCAGAGCUAAUUAUUGACCCCAUUCAGGGCUCACCACCCCCAGCCAGAAUAAGAACUGGUUAUGUAGUCAAGGCAACAUCUGAAGAUGAGAAGGCAGAUUUUCAGAGACAGGAGAAGUUACGUUUUGCUGAGCCUCAUAAAGCUUUCACGUACGAGAUGCACGGGUAUCAGUCAGUGGUGGGACCUGUGAAAGGAGUGUUCAGCAAGAAAAAUGAUACAAACAGAGCACGGGAGCAUGCAUUGCUUGUGUCUAGCAGACCUGCAUUUAUUACUAUCCUAACAUUAGUAAGGGAUGCUGUUGCCAGAUUACCUAAUGGAGAAGGAAAUAGAGCAGAGAUCUGCGAACUUUUAAAAGAUUCACAGUUUCUAGCUCCAGGAAUCACUGAUGCUCAGAUCAAUGUAGUGGUGAGUGGUGCAUUGGACAGACUUCAUUCAGAGAAGGAUCCUUGUGUGAAGUAUGAUGUAAACAGUAAAGUCUGGAUCUAUCUGCACAGAAAUAGAACUGAGGAAGAAUUUGAGAAGAUCCACCAGGCACAGGCUGCAGCACAGAAAGCUAAGAAAUCCCUGGCAAAACAGAAAACUGCUAAAACAACUGCUCCAAAGUUGCGGGAUAUGGCAGCAGCACCAUCAGGCAGUACAAGUUCUCUAAGUUUGGCUCCAUCCCUGGGCUCCAGCUCUGAGAGUAUCAAUGUAGAAGAUGUAAGCCCAGGUCAGUUAGGCUCCCAGGCACAGUUACUAGCAGGAACAGCAGCUCCAGCUGUGAAAGUCUCUGCAAGACAGUCUUCUGUGUCAAGUAAAACAGCAGGUGUGACCCAGUCCUUGACCCCUGCCCAGUUACAGCUUCUUCAACAAGCUGCUGCAGCACAAGCGGCCCAUGUGAAAGCCCAGGCUGAGGCCCAGGCUGCUAAAGCCCAGGCACAGGCACAGGCACAAGCUACAGGUAAAGGACAAGGAAAAGGACAAGGUGCAUCCCCAAAAUUAGAUCUGGCAAACAAAGUACAAAAUGUUACUAUCAACCAGCAAGGUCAAGUGAAGGUCAUCCCUCAGACGACCUCUAUAGCCUCUGUUGUCAAGGGAACAGCUCCGCCAAAUGUCACUAUUCAGACAAAACCAGAAUUACAGACCAUACGUCAGACAUCUGUGGCCACUGGUCAGACAGAAGGUCCAAGUUCACCAGCAGUUCAGGUCAUCACUACAGCAACAAAAACUGUAACUGUGGCAACAAGCUCAGGUGUUGGUAGUCCGGUUACUGUUAUUAGUUCCAUGCAAGCUGGUACAAACCCUCUGGUUGCAAGGUUGAUGCAGCAGAUGUCAGCUGGAGGUCAGAUGGUGUCAGUCAGCAGUCUUCUUGCUGCUCAGAGAUCUCUACAGCAGGGGAACCAGCCUAGAGGAACAGCCGCCUUCAAGAUACAAGGUGGAAAUGUAUUACAGCAAGUCUCCCCUGGAAAACCAGUUCAGUUAGCAGGAAAACCAUUGGCUCAUGCCAAAGGUCAGCUGGUACAACUAGGGGGCAAAGGUCAGCAGGCCCUGGGAGUUAUACAGACACCACAGGGAACUAUAAAUAUCAUACCUCAGGGUGCAGCCCAAGGGGGUGUAGUCACAAUAUCACAGCCUAAAACUGCAGGAACAUUGGAGACAAAGCAGUCUGGUUCCCCUGUGCUGACAACUAUCAGCCAGUCAGCUGCUACCCAGGGUGCAUUAGGACAGAUUCUUGGCCAAUCAAAAUCAUCAACAACAAAUCCAGGAGGAGUGAUGGUAACUCAGCUUACAUCUGGAGGAAGUAUAACACUGAGACCUACAGGUACUGGAAGUCAUGGUAAAGUUAUUACACAAGGCCAGCCAGGACUGGUUCCUGCACAGCUAAUUUUACAGCCGCCGACAGGAAGUCUGAAAACAGUAGAGGCACAGUCUGGCGCUGACACUACUGUUUCAGGCUCAGGUGUAACUCCUCAGAGUCCAAGUCUUCAAAUGGUGAGAACAGUUCUAUCUCAGCAAGCUGGACUCAAAGCAGGUCAAGCAACCAUCUUGAUUUCCCAGCCUGCUUUACAGCAAGGACAGGUGCUGCCACCUGGACAUUUAGUUCAACAUACAAGGUCUCAGGGAAAGACAACUCAACAAGGGAAGCCAGUUUUUGCCAGGAUUAUCAACCCAGGAUCUGUAAAGUUGGCUGCUGGAGUGCAAGGAUUUCCCACUCAGGGGCCAUUGAUCCACACAGUAGGUCCCACAGGGCAGACAAUUUCUGUGCAAAGUGAUGCUGCAUUGAGACAGACUUUAAGUAAACUUGUUACUGGUGCCAGUCCUGGGAGCCCAGCAAAUGUAAUUUUGACAACAGUGGGGUCGUCAGGGACUAGUGCAAGUCCAGGAAGCCCUGCAAAUGUUAUUCUUGGAUCUUCAGGGACAUCUAUCACAUCAAGUCAACAAAUUCUAGCUGCUGCUGCAGCUGGUAAGGCAGCUCAGAUCAAAGAAAUGGAGAAAGAAAAGAAAUCGUGAACUGCCUGAAUGAUGUGUCUUGUGUUAUUUGUUAUGUGACAUGUUCUGUGGUUAAUUCAGUUAAUUCAAAGGAUUAUGGUACAACAUGUUUCACAAGUACUUAAAAAGAGAAAGAAUUUUCAAAAUUAAUUCUCCAGAAUUGUUUGUUUAGUUGUCUUUUCAUAUCAGUUUUAUUUAAUGAAAAAAGUAACUGUCCAUACAGUGUUAUUCUGUUAUUCUUUCAUAUAAACAAAAUCAGCUACCGCUCAAAAAUUCUAAAAUAUCGAAGAGAACCACCUAAAAAAUCAAGGUGGACUUAAAAAUAUCUACCCAGCAUUUUGAAAUUGUACCCUUAUUAUAAUUGUUUUCUUAUGGUACUAGUGAAAAUUCUGAUUUUUAGGCCCUGCAAGACAGUUUUACUUGCAAAGUUCAUGUAAUUAUGCUAAUAUUUCAUGUUACUGCUUUCUUUUGCAAAUGAAGACCAGCUAUGGUCACAACAUUGCAUUGGAUAUUAAAUUUCUAUUAUUGAAACAGCUUAUA